AUCUCAUCUUCACAUGAAAACAGCUGCCUUUCAAGAAGCCGGCUGCCUGAAAAAUGAUGCAAGAUGCUCUCUAAACUGGGUCAUUCUCCACUCGGAGAGCUCAGGGCGCGCUUCACUCUCUCUGUGUGUCUCCUGUACCGUAGGCUUCGAGCAUCGCCGACAGCCCCGGGGAGAGAGACAGAGAUGGGAAACAGCAUGAAAUCCACCCCUGCGCCUGCUGAGAGGCCUCUGUCCAGCCCAGAGGGACUGGACAGCGACUUCCUUGCCGUGCUGAGUGAUUACCCAUCACCUGACAUCAGCCCCCCGAUAUUCCGCAGAGGGGAGAAACUGCGUGUGAUCUCUGAUGAAGGAGGCUGGUGGAAAGCCAUUUCUCUGAGCACGGGUCGAGAGAGUUAUAUUCCUGGAAUCUGUGUGGCCAGGGUUUACCACGGCUGGCUGUUUGAAGGUCUGGGCAGGGACAAGGCAGAAGAGCUGCUGCAGCUGCCAGACACAAAGGUCGGCUCCUUCAUGAUCAGAGAGAGCGAGACCAAGAAAGGGUUUUAUUCGCUGUCGGUGAGGCACAGACAGGUGAAGCAUUACCGCAUCUUCCGCCUGCCUAAUAACUGGUACUACAUUUCGCCACGGCUCACUUUCCAGUGCCUGGAGGACCUGGUGAAUCACUAUUCCGAGGUGGCCGACGGCCUGUGCUGUGUGCUCACCACGCCCUGCCUGACACAGAGUACAGCUGUCCCGGCAGCGAGGGCUCCCAGCUCGCCUGUCACCUUGCGCCAGAAGACCGUGGACUGGAAGAGGGUGUCCAGAUUGCAGGAGGACCCUGAGGGUGCCGAGAACCCGCUUGGGGUGGAUGAGUCCCUCUUCAGCUACGGCCUGCGGGAGAGCAUCGCCUCCUACCUGUCCCUGACAAGUGAUGAGAAUGCCCCCUUCAACAGGAAGAAGAAGAGUGUCUCCCUGAUGUACAGUGGCAGCAGGAGGAGGCGCUCCUUCUUCUCGCCGCCCUACUUUGAGGACUAGCCAGAAGACAGACGCCGUGGUUCACGCCCAAGGGGAACAGAGGUUCC